AUGGCUUCGAAUGCGUUUCUGAAAUGGGGCUUGGGACUUUCAGCCGGUAUUGCUGGGGUCGCCGUCGCCGUUGUUCGCCUCCAGCAGCCUCUGAGCACUGUCGCAGAAACCACUUAUUGCUACCAGGGCAUCCGGACGCACGAUGAAGCCCAACCUUCAGCCCAAUGCUUCACGGUCUCGGACGGCAAAUUUUCUCGCGUCUUCCCAUGGGAAGAUGCGAGCUUGACCACCAAUGUCGGCUAUGUCAUCCCCGGCUUAUGGGAUGGUCACGGCCACCUCAUCCAGUACGGCGAGUUUCUCCACUCGGCGGACUUGUUUGGUGCGGCUUCUCUUGAUGAUGUGAGAGGACGUUUGAGAGAAUAUGUCGAAAGUCACCCGGAUGCUGGCACAAAGGACGAAUGGAUUCGCGGCAUCGGGUGGGAUCAGAACGUAUAUGGCAAGAUGCCUACCGCUGCAGACAUUGAGGAAGAUGAACUUCUGAAGGGCAAAUACUUCAUGCUCGACAGAAUCGACGUUCAUUGUGCUUGGGUAUCCCAGGCCGUGCUGGACCUCCUGCCCGCUGACAUCCCCGAUGUCCCAGGUGGUGAAAUCGUCAGACAGCCCGGCAUGGGCGUCUUUUGCGACAACGCCAUGGAUCUGGUGACCAAUCUAUGGCCCAAGCCUGGCCCCGAGAAGAAGAAGGAGUUUGUCUCCGCCGCCAUGGCUAAGUUGAAUGAGGUCGGCCUCGUUGGCAUGCACGAUGCCGGCGUGAUCCCAGAGCAGCUCGACCUGUACGCUGAGAUGGCCCAAACAGACGACUGGACCGUUCGGGUCUACGCUAUGUUGGAGUGUGCGCAGAGAAAUACGUUCUGCCCCGAUGACGCUGCGCGCGUUUUCCACGAGGACGACAUGUUCAGCGUCAAGUCUGUGAAGCUCUUCGCCGACGGCGCCCUUGGAAGCUGGGGAAGCGCGAUGAUCGAACCCUACAGCGACCGCCCCGAUACCUCUGGAUCUCUUCUCGUCAACGGUUCUACUCUGCUGCAACUUGGCAAGUCGUGGGCGUCUAUUGGCUACCAAGUGAACAUCCACGCCAUUGGCGACCUUGCGAACCGGCUGGCCGUAGAUGCCCUGGAAGCUGGCCUCAAGGUAGCAUGUCCCGAGGGUGAUCUAGCAGAAUGCCAGUCUCGACACCGCUUCCGCAUCGAACACUCCCAGAUCAUCCACGAAGAAGACCAGAAGAGGAUCCACGCCAUUGGCAUACUCCCUUCGAUUCAGCCCACUCACGCUACCUCCGACAUGAAAUACGCCAAGCUACGCCUCGGUCCCGAACGCACCAAAAAGGAAGCAUACCGUAUGAGAUCGUUCAUGGACAUCGGUCCCAUUCUAGGCAGCGACUUCCCCGUGGAGCCCCCAAACCCUUUUGAGGGCAUCUACGCCGCCGUCACACGGAAGAAUCCUCAGACGGGUUCCGGCCCCAAUGGAAGCGCCGAAGGGUGGCACACCGAUGAAGCUUUGAGCCUGGAUGAGGCGCUCUUUGGGUUUACCAAGAGCCCCGCUUUCGGGGCCUUUAUGGAGGGACGCGCCGGUGUCAUCAAGGAAGGUGCUCUGGCCGACUGGGUUGUGUUGGACGAGCCCCUCGAGGCCAUGGAAAUUGAUGACAUACGAAAUCUAAAGGUCAAAGAAACCUGGGUCGGAGGCAAGCAAGUCUUUGCACGCGAUUGA